AUGUUUGAGGGGAAUACCUUCCAAGCAUCCAAAACGGACUGGCUCGGAGCUACAGCAGACUACUCAGACCGGCAGACAUUAGGCUCUGUGCAUUUACCAUCGGAAAGCCCGUACGACCUUGACUUCCGACAGCCUCGAGGAGAGAUCGCGCCAGGCACCGCGUCCACGCCAGCCGUCUCUGUGCCGACUGAUGGUCACUCUGCUGACGUAUCAGCUGGAAAAGAUGGCGCGAGUGAUUGGCCUCAUGCACUCGAUCAAGGUGGCGGCGUAUGGCCAUUCGACUACACCUCCAACCGCGGAUAUCGUCGGAUCAGACUGCCUCCUCUUCGCCAAGUGCUUGAGGAGACUGUUGGACAACGACCUUCAAUAGAGAAGGCGACUCUCAGUGACCUGAUCAAGAUCUUGUCCGCUCCCAGAAUCCCGUGCGUUAACGACAGUCCUGCUCCUGAAGCUCUUCCAGCAGUCAACUUCCUCACGAAGCUGAUCAGAAUUUAUUUCGAAGAGUUCCAUCCAGUGGCCAACGUCAUUCACUUGCCUACAUGGCGAGUAGAAGACUGCCCCACUGCUCUCUUAGCCGCCAUGGCCUGCCUUGGUGCUACAUAUUCAACAGCAGAGGGGUCAUCAGAAGUUGCCGUCCUGCUUGCGGAGAUAACACAGAGGUCCCUCUUGUGGAUGGGUCAGGCCGACACAACAAAUUUCAAGGACCCGGCUUUCAUUACAGCCAUGUGUCUUCAUCACACCUACUCCCUUGGGUCUGGCAACCGCCGCCUGUACGAGCUGGCCGAUGCAGCCCGCGGCACUAUGGUAACGAGCCUCCGUAGCACGGGGAUAUUGUCCCUGGAAGCCUCUGAGGGUGAGACACUGUCUUCAGACAACCUGCAGCAGAUGACAGAGUCCGAACUCGAGGUUGCAUGGGCCCAGUGGCGCUCUAGCGAGACAUUAAAGCGCGUUGCGUGGAUGGUAUUCGAAUUCGAUUGCACCGUUUCGAUGAUGACGAACAAGCGAGGCGCCUUCAGCAUCUCAGAGCUACCAACCAGGCUCCCCUGCGCAGACAGCCUGUGGGAAGCACAGUGUGCUUCGGCCAAGGCAUGGGCGUCGAUGGUUUUCUUUUCCACCGAAUCUCGACGAGGUCUCCAGACCUACACUCUAAUGCAACAGCUAACAUCACAGCGAUCCGUUAUAUCAACCAUACCUUCGUGGGGUAAACGGCUCUGCGCCCAAACAAUUAGUCGCUUGCUCUGGGAUCUUAAAGAGAUGAAAGAUGCGUCAGCCCCUAUAGCGCUCGGCAUACCUUCUAUCGCAGCAGGCUACAAGUCGAGCAAUGAUACUUUGCUGCAAAGCCUGAACAUCCUCAACGAGUCGCUCUCGAGUCCUAUUAACAUGUCGGACAUUGUCAACAUGAACGUAACAUCCUUGGGCAUCUACUACACCGACCUCAUCAAUCGCACCUCAGCCAUGGACCUCAUCAUUUUCAUCUUCCGCAACUCUGGACGUGAGAGAUCGCCACAGCUCGCAGCGGAAUUGACCAGAGCCGAGACACAUCUGUGCAACACCUUCGCACACGAUCCCGUGGAUACCAGACGGUCGGUAGUUUCUGCCGCCAACAUCAUCACCAUCGCGCGCGAGUGUACAUCUACCACACCAUGCGAAGUCAUGCGACUCUUCAACGGCUACGCUUACCUACUGGCCUUCACAUGCUUCUUCCCAUUCGAAAGACUGCACACGCGCGGCGCCGCUGCAAAGCUGGACGUCUUGCCCUGGCGAAGGACGGCUAUCGAUGAAACAGGACUCAAAGCAUGGGUGGAGCGAAGUGGACCGGCUAGCUUCUUGUCGGUGGAUGAUAUCUGUGACUCUAAGAACUUCGAGACUCUGAAGCAGGAGGGUUUGAGGGCGCUCGACGGACUGAGGACCUGGGGUCUGGCUCGGAAGUUCUACCGCGUUUUGCAAAGCCUCACUUGA